CUCCUGACAGCCAUCACAUUGCACAAUGUCAAAGAACCAAGGAGCUUCACAGCUUCCAUAUCAAUUAGUAUUGGAUACCAUCUUACCUUUGCUUGAUAUUCAAACAUUGAUCAGAUUACGAGCCGUUUCGCAUGCGUUCAAAGAAGCAGUAGACGAUAAUGUCGUAUGGAGAAGGCGAAUAAGGAGUGAUUUCAGAUUUCCACUACAAAGUUCAGCUCGAACGACAGGAUGGAAAACGAUCUAUCGCGGGCUAGCAAAUCCUGAGCUGUAUACAUGGGGAGAAGAAUCGCAUUAUAGGCUGGGUGUAGAAAUACGAAAAAGACAACCGAACCAAGAUGAAUCGGAAGCAUUAGAAGGAAGUGAUUUUAAUCUAAUCAAACGAUAUCGUUCUGCGCCUUUUCCACUCUCAAUCAAAUGGAGAAAUGCAGAUUUGUACGAUUCAAAUGCAAGGGUUACCGAAUGUCAUCAAUUCGAUUCUGAGCGACCGCCAAAUUUUGAAAUUCGUCAAGGUAUUCCACUCAGACGAAUCUUGCCAAACGGAAGAGAGAGUAAACAUUCGAUUGAUGUUGGUGUUCCGGUCGAAAUACAUGCUGGCGGUUGGAGUUUCUUUCUUAUGACAAACAAAGGUCAAAUUAUCACUUGGGGAUCAAGUACAGGAAAUGGAGAUUCUUCAGGAACAGAAGAGAUGUUCCAAAAGCCAACACUGUUGGAUCUGAACGGAAGACAAGCAACUUCUCUUUCUGUUGGUCGUCAACAUGCAGUAGCGCAAAUGGACGAUGGCAGUAUAUUUGAAUGGAGUAACAGAUGGGAUAGACCUGCAGUACAUUUCCAAUCUUCCAUUCUCAAAGAGAUUCAGACAAAAGAAGAAUUGCAUAUUGACCAAGUGGAAGCAGGAUGGAAUUUUUCGGCUGCUUUGGUGAACAGUGAUCAUGGAGAGGGCGUGGGUAAUGUGCUCAUAUGGGAAAGCAGAUGGACGUAUGAUCUGCAAAGAGCAAUGUGGUAUGAAAGGGCAAUCCAAGAAGGUGCAGAUUCUUCAACUAUUGAACCUACUUGGCAAGUUGCUGUGCCGACGGUUCUGCUUCCUGUACCACCGAAACGAUUUACCAGGAUCGCAGCUGGAGAUAGAUUCAUCAUUGCUUUGAGCGAUGAUGGUCUGGUGUAUUACCUUGAAAUUCCGGAAAUUAGACAAGAUCUGCGUACCCAAGCAUCCGAUACGCCCCAAGCAAGCGCAGAUAGAUUGAGGAAAGAGUUGGACAGAAGAUAUACUCAAUGGAAAAAAUUGAGCUCUUUCUGUGAGAAUGUACGACAAGCGGGUCAGGAAAGCGAAGAUGGGGAGAACGUGUGGGACAGGCCUGGCUUGAAUCAUCUACUUUCGUCCAACGUACGCAUCACUCACAUUUCUGCUCAAUUCAAGAACUUUGCAGUUUAUGCACCUGAAGCUGGAAAAGAAGGUCGAGAUGUAGAUGUACAAAGUGGAAAGGGAUUAGGAAUCGUUCUUUUGGGUUCGAACGAUGCACAUUUACGACCGAAAAUCAUUCCUGAAUUGCAAGGAGUUGGAGUGAUUAAGAUUGUUCAAGGCGAUUGGCAUUCGGGUGCAUUGUUGCUGGAUGGCAGUGUAAGAACGUGGGGAUCUCAAUCAAAUGGAGCGUUGGGAACGUGGGAUUCGAUUCCAACUGUUGAAGGAGCGCAAUCAGUUUUCAGUGCACCUCAGCCUCCAACGAAUGAUUUCUUUUCCAAUAUGGGUGGUUUGGUCACUGGGAUCUUCCGACCUGCAAUGCAAGCACGUCAACAAGCACAUAUUCGAAUGCAACAAGAACAAGCGGAGGCUCAAUCAAAACAACAAAGUGGUGAACAUCAACAAGGGGAGUCGUCUAGCAGAUCCAAUAAUAUGGUAAAAGCGGAAAAAGAUCGAUACCUUUUACGCAAUUUACCCGAUCAACAACCUGAACCGAAAGCUGUUCGAUUUGGGUUCCCUAAAGUUGGAGAAAUGCGUAACGGUAAACGAAUUGAGGAGAGUGAUUCUAUGGAAACUAAAUAUGCAUUUGAUAUAGCUUUUGCAGGUUGGCAUAGCGGUGCAUUGGCUGUUGAUAGAGCUCUAAUUUUUGAUAGUUGAUUGUAUAGUAUCACGCAAUGCU